AGCCUCCUCUGCUCUCUGCACGGAGAAGCUGCUCAGCGCCCGUCUCUCUGGACUCGAUCGCCGUCGUUAAUUCCAGCACUCUUCACCUCCUCUGACGUUAAAUGUCAGAUUCUAAAGUAGCCCAAAAUGAAUUCAUGCCAGUAACGUUUCAUUUAUGUAUCCUUCAGCACGGGCUUGGCGGCUGCGGCGUUGCUCAUCCUUCACUUGCUGUCUCCGCUGAGGCGCCUGUCUGUAUUCGGUGACCCAGAGGACAGCAUGAAAGUAGCAGACAAGAUGAAAUCCGGAUACCCACUUAUCAGGGGCAAGCACAAGGCCACCAAUUACUCCAGGUAAUCAUCUCACCAGUACUCCAUUCUCUGUUCCUCUCUGUAUCCGAACAACACCAGUGUUCAAUGUCCAUUGAUGAUGUGAGGCAUGGCUGACCUCACGCAUGAUGACAAUGGCAGCUUCUUCAACCAAAGUGAAAGGACACCUUUGAAUGGCAGCAGUAACACCAGGCCACACUUCUCAGACUACGACUGCCAGCCUUCUAUCUACAUUCUGUCUGUUUUGGUGGUGGCUUACAGCGUGGUGACCAUGGUGGGCCUCUUUGGAAACAUGUGCCUGGUCAUCAUCAUCAACCGGCAGAAGGAAACGCACAACGUGACCAACAUUCUCAUUGCUAACCUUUCGCUGUCUGACGUGCUCAUCUGCCUGAUGUGCAUUCCUUUUACUGUGGUCUACACGCUGAUGGACCACUGGAUCUUUGGAGAAACCAUGUGCAAAGUCAGCUCCUUCGUCCAGUGCUUGUCCGUGUCGGUGUCCAUCUUCUCAUUGGUCCUCAUUGCUGUUGAGCGAUACCAGCUGAUUGUCAACCCCAGGGGCUGGAAACCCAACAUAUCCCAUGCCUACUGGGGCAUCGCUCUGAUUUGGCUUGUCUCGGUGGCUCUGUCCAUUCCAUUCCUCAUUUAUCACCACCUGACCGAUGAGCCUUUUAAGAACCUCUCCACCCACUCAACCUUCUACGGGGACAAGUACGCCUGCACGGACUCCUGGCCUUCAGAAGGGGACCGCUUGGGCUUCACCACCUGCCUGCUGGUCGUUCAGUACUUUGCUCCCUUGUGUUUCAUCUGCUUGUGCUACCUGAAAAUCUUUGUGUGCUUGAGGCGGAGGAGCGGGAUGGUGGACCGGCUGCGGGAGAAUGAGACGAGAUUGAGUGAGAGCAAGCGCAUCAACAUGAUGCUUAUUUCCAUUGUGGUGGCCUUCGCGGUCUGCUGGCUUCCACUCAACAUCUUCAACAUCAUUUUCGACUGGAACCAUGAGGCUCUCCUCAACUGCCACCACAACUUGGUCUUCACCCUCUGUCACCUGGUGGCCAUGGUGUCCACCUGCAUCAACCCAGUCUUUUAUGGCUUCCUCAAUAAAAACUUUCAGAAGGACCUCAACAUGAUGGUGCUCAACUGCAAGUGUAGCUCUGAGCAGGAGGAGUACGAGAACAUCGGCAUGUCCACCAUGCAGACCGACAUAUCCAAGGGCUCCUUCAAACUAAACAAUGGGCCUAUGAACACCUAAAGGAUUUGGUUUGUUCAUUUAUUUUGGAUGAGUAACUUUUUGUGGAUCGUGUUUCCUCACUGUCUUUGAAGAUGUACAAAUGAUUUACCUGAAAAGAGUACAACUUCUUGCCAGUGUAGCCUUACUUGUGAAGUGGAUCAGCGCCUCAAUUUCUAUAGACACUCAUUACUGAUCAAACCUUAAGCUGCUUUAAUCAUUUCAAAGAUUGCAGCCACAAGACGUUAGGGUCUUAAUCAGAAAAGUCAGAUCCUGAAAAUGUUCUCAAGAUCAUUGAGGUUUUAUUGGGAUCCCAUCCCUUGUUAAAAUGUGGGAUCAUGGAAUGGCUGUAGGAUAACAGGGCUUACAGUUGAAUGAUUAGAAUAGGAAACUCUUUCAGUGAGUCUACUGAAUGAGACUGAGAGUCGUGGCUGAGGCCUGUGAAUCAGCAGUUAUCAACACUUAUUGUACAUGAUAUCUAAAAUAAACAGAUUAACAAAUAAAUAGAAUUUUACACAUACAGAUUACAUUGCACCAGAUUUGUGGAGUACAAGUAAAGGGAGGUUAUACUUAAUUUAUACAGCAAACUCAUAGAUCUCAUCUGGAGUACUGUGUGAAGUUUUGGUCUCCUUGUUAGAAUACAAAGUACAGAGCAGCGCGUGAGAAAGUUCAGAAAAGAGUGCGCAGGAUAAUUCAGAACCGCGGACAGCAAUCAACGCUAUUAGCGCGACUGGGCUGUUUUCAGGACCACGGACAGCGACCACAUCUAUACAUACUGUAUAGUGUAUAUCUCUCUCUGCAUCCAUCCAUUAUCCAA